AUGGCCUCCGUGUCGGAGCUCACCUGCAUCUAUUGGACCCUCAUCUUGCAUGAUGAUGAGGUGACAGUCAUGGAGGAUAAGAUUAAUGCCCUCAUUAAAGCAGCCAGUGUAAAUGUUGAACCUUUCUGGCCAGGCUUGCUUGCAAAGGCUCUGGCCAAUGUCAACAUCGGGAGCCUCAUCUGCAAUGUAGGGGCUGGUGGACCUGCCCCAAUAGCACCAGCAGGAGGUCCUGCCCCCUUCACCACUGCUGUCCCAGUUGAGAAGUGA